UACAUACAUGAAAGACAAAAAGAAAUAGGGUAGAAGGGAAAAAAACUUAGAUACAUGCAUGAUACAUAUAUCCCCCACACAAAAGUAUGAAAUUAUUAUUAGAUGCAGAGUCAUGGGACAUAGUCAUCUUUUUAUAUUUUUUUUCCCUAGUGUACCUUCCAUUUUAAUUAUUACCCUUCUUUGUCUUUUGCCUUCAUUCCUUCUCCAUCACUAAUAUCCCCUUUGCCCCUUCACUCUUUUUUCUUUAUUUAUAACUUUUUUUCCUACUACUACUACUACUAGAUUUGCAGGGGACAAACCUAAACUUCUUCUCUUCUUCAAUUAGGGUUUUCCCCCUUACAGGGCUAGUAACUAUUCUACUUGUGAAUUAAGUUCACUUCUUUUUUUUUCAAUCUUGCUACUGUUUUAAUGUUUUGUACUUUGUUUUUGUUACUUUGAUUGAAGAAAUAAAGAGGCAAGUUGUGAUCUCAAGGAGAGCUUCCUCAAAGAGAAAAAAAAAGCUAGUUAAAGAAGGAUUGAAUGGCAUCAUCCAGCUCAUACAACUCCCCUUGUGCUGCUUGCAAGUUCCUAAGGAGAAAAUGUCUUCCUGGCUGCAUUUUCUCACCUUACUUCCCACCCGAAGAGCCGCAAAAAUUCAUCAACGUCCACAAAAUCUUCGGCGCUAGCAAUGUCACUAAGCUCCUCAACGAACUCCUUCCGCACCAACGAGAAGACGCCGUUAAUUCUUUAGCCUACGAAGCCGAAGCAAGAGUUAGAGACCCCGUCUACGGCUGCGUAGGUGCAAUCUCCUUCCUCCAACGACAAGUCGAGCGCCUCCAAAAAGAGCUCGACGCGGCUAAUGCGGACUUGAUCCGCUAUGCUUGCAAUGAGUUCACAUCUUCCCCCGUUCCACCUUUACCUGUUCAUCAUAACAUCACUCUUCGUCAAAGAUCGGUUGAAUUAAUUACUAGAAGACCAUCCGGAGGUGGUGGUGGUGGUGGUGGUGGUUUUUAUCAAACAUCUAGUUAUCCGAUACCGUAUUCUUACCCUAAUUGGAAUGAUCAUCAAAACACUACCGGAGAUCAUCAUGGAUAUGGAGGAGGAGGAAGUAUUUGAUUUGAUAAUAAAUUCAACUUGUUAGGGUUUUGUGAUGACCCUCGAUCUUCUAUGUGUUAUUUCUUUGAACUCAAAACACUUGUUGUUAGCAUUUUAUAAUAUGGCUAUUGAGUAUUGAGUCA